CAGUCAGUAUUGUGACAUUUCUGAAACAAAAUGAUAUCCGAAAUUGAAAAUGAGGAAAUCAGAGCGAUUCCGCAGGAAAAAUAUAAUUUGGUUGUUUGGACGCCGCACGAAAAAUUAUUUCGCAACAGAGUUACACUGAGGAAUACGGUUUUGUCUGAAAUUGCUGUGCCUUUUACGAUCGCUCUGCAGGUGAAAUUGCGCCGAUCAGUAUUCGGAACUUACCUGGAUGAUUUCAAUGAAAAUCAAUGCCAAAACGAAUUUCUCAAUACAAAUAAACUGAGCAUUAUGGAGAGCGUCAUGAGGGAUUUUAAUUCGAGACAAGAGAACCUGUUUGAUUACAAUAAUAACUUAUUCGACCAUGUAAUAAGAUACUUGAAUAAUACUGUCACAGAAACGAAGCAAAUUGACUGUGACUUUCUUUACGAGCAUGCGACACACCUACGAAUGGAUGAUUAUCAUAUAAACAUGGUAGAUGAUGGCGUAAGAAACUUCCGAAAUCUUCAGGUACUGGUUAUCUGCGGUAACUGGAUUCAAGAUAUCGACGGUUCGGUACUCCCUAGACGCUUAAAAUUUCUGGAACUUUACGUGAACGAAAUUGAAUCAUUAGAUAAUUUAACGCACAAGCCCCCCAAACAUUUGUUACACUUGGGGUUAGCGCGAAACAAAUUAACAAAUGACAGUCACCUACAUCUGUUGGCUGCUUGUCGACGCUUUAACAAUUUGAAAUCUUUAGAUUUAUCGGAGUGUGACAUCUACCGUUUGGUGGAUGUAUUACACGAACUGAAACCGCUUCAAAAUUUGGAAGGGUUGCUUCUACAGGGAAAUCCAUGUUCGAUGGUAAUGGGCUACAAGGAUAUGGUAUUGGACAGCUUUCCAUAUUUAAUAUUUUUGGAUGGAAUUGAAAUAAGCCGCACUGACCAAAUAUUGACGGAGAAUUUCUUAGAAAGAGCUCAUGUUUCUGAAUUUAUUUUACACUGUCCAAAAUUGACUGGUUUACCUAAACCACCAAAAUUACCAAAAGCUGAUAAAAAAGUUAAGCAAACAAUUCAUAUUGAGUUUAAAAUGCCUUUGUUUCAAUUAAAUAUUAAAGAAGAUUUAGAUAAAGAAAGUGAAAAAGAUCUAGUACGCAAUAAAUCUAAAGAAAGAAAAAAAGGAAAAAAGGGACAUAAAGACAAGAAAAGUAAAUCUGGGAAAAGUACAAAAAAAGGUUCCAAGAAAGGUGGGAAAUCUCCUUACGAACGACCAAAUGAAUAUAACCCGAAAAAGAUAAAUAACGCAUUUCAGUCUCAAAGGAAAGCGUGGGGAAAUAAUUUGAAAUUUACGCCACUUGUGCUGCAAUCACCUGAAAAUAACUUACUUACCUAUAGAGAUACUUUUCGAAGUUGUGUUAACGUCUCAGUAAUUUAUUUGCAGUACAAACCGCCAGAAAAGAAGAAAAAGAAGAAGAAAGGGUCCAAAAAGGACAAGAAAAGUAAAACAAGUAGUAAAAAAUCUGAAAAAUCCAGUAAAAGUAAAAAAGGUAAAAAAAAAUCUGACAAGUCUAGUAGCACAAAAAGUAAAAGCAAAGAAAAAAUUAAAGAAGAAAAACAAUCAAUAGAACCGAAAGAAACAAUCUUGAAGCGAGUGACUAUAGCUAAUUUUGACUGUAACUUAUUUACGGCUAGUUGGAAAAAUAAUAUUCACUUUUUUUGGUCCGAAGAACCCUCUUUCGGGCGUAAUGCAGUGGAGUUAAACAGUUACCGAGAGAAUUUGAGAAAAAAAGCUGAAGAAGAAAAAAGACUGAAACAGAUCAAAGAAGAAGAAGCGAAAAGAAAAAAACAGAAAAGUGAUAAAAAGAAGGGUAAAGAUAAGAAAUCGGCAAAAUCUGGGAAAUCAAGUAAAUCGACGAAAUCAAAAAAAUCCAAAAAAAGUAAAAAAUCCAAGAAAAGUAAAAAAUCGAAAUCUUCGAAAAAAUCAAAAGCUGAAAAGUUUUUGACUUGUGAGGUUAGUUUUGGGUUAGCCAGAUUAGGUGAAACGCUACGAGAAACAAGAAGUGGCAGCGAUGUUAAGAAAACCAAAAAGAGGAAAAAAGGAAAAAAAUAAACUAUAGCAAAUGAUCUUAUAUUUUUGUAUGACAAUUGUAAUAUAAAGUCCACAUAUAAUUUUUUUUU